GUCCUAUUCAGUCGUCGCUCUAACUUCAUGGAUGAUUCGCGAGGAAAGUUUCAAUUCGGCGCCAAAAAGAACAAAUUAUUUUAUUUGACUAUAAUAAAAAAUUUAUAAAACUGCUAUUAUGAGCGAUUAUUACAAAAAAAAUAUUAUAGUUUGACUAAGUAUAUUUCUUGCUGGGUUUCCUGAAUCCCAAGUCUUUGUUUCCAACAUCAAGGCUGAUCCUGCUCCAACUACGGGAACCUUUUUUUUGUUGCCUCAAAUGAUGCAAGAGUUCAAUCACACUUCGGGGUUCUCAUUGAUUGCAAAUCACCAUGGUAGCAGUAGGCGAGUCAAGUUCCAGCAACUUUGAGUUUCAGUUCCACCCUGCUUCUUCUAGUGCUGCAUCAGCAUCAAAAUUAACAGGAAUAGGGGGUUUCAUCUGGUUUUCACCAGCAAAGAAGAGUUUUGGAUUCAUUCUGUGGUAAUGCCGGAAUAGUUGAGCUUUUCUGGAACUGCCCCAAUGCAGGAUUCGUCAUUGCGCUCCACUUUUGCAGAUGAUUCUGAAGCAUUAAAUCAGAAAAGCCUUCCUUCUGUCAAUAAUCAGUUGCCAAGAUCUGAACACAAAGAUGCAAUUUCUUCCACAGUAUGCAGCAGGUCAUCAGAUGACGGAUAUAACUGGCGAAAAUACGGGCAAAAGUUUGUUAAAGGAAUUGAAUUUGCUCGAAGCUAUUAUAGAUGCACAUCUCCUAACUGUAAGGUGAAAAAGAUAUUUGAACUAGCACCAGAUGGACGAAAAACAGAAAUUGUCUAUAAGGGUUCGCAUGAUCACCCUAAGCCCCAACUAAGACGUCAAUUUUCUCCUAGUACUCCUGUUCCCAUCCCACAGGAGAAAUCUGAAAAGGAUAUGGCUUCAACUGGUCAAGAAAAGAAGCCAACUAUCAAUUUCCAGCCUGGUAGCGCCAAACCAAAUAAUGCUUCAAUCCCGUCUCCUCAACAAGUAAAUGACAAUGGAUUGGAUAGUACAAUGCCACAAAAGCGCCGUGUUGAUGGUGAUGAAGAAGAUGAAUUUUCAAAGAGGUCAUCAAAGGAUGGAUACAAGUGGCGAAAAUAUGGGCAAAAACUAGUUAAAGGCCAUGAAUUUCGUCGAAGCUAUUAUAGAUGUACAUAUCCUAACUGUAUGGUGAAAAAGAUAUUUGAACGGGCACCAGAUGGGCAAAUAACAGAAGUUGUCUUUGAGGGUUCACAUGAUCACCCUAAGCCCCAAGCAAAAUGUCAAAUCGCUCCUGGUACUCCUGUUUCCAUCCAAGAAGAGAAAUCUGAUAAAGAUCUGGCAGCAACUGGUCAAGAAAACAAGCCAAAUAUCAAUUUCCAGUCUGGUAUAGCUGAGCCAAGUAACGCUCCAGUCCCAUCUCCAGGGCAAGAAGGUGAUGACGGAUUGGAAGCUACAAUGCCACAAAAGCACUAUGUUAAUGUUGAUGACGAUGAUCCAUUUUCAAAGAGGUCAUCAGAUGAUGGAUAUAACUGGCGAAAAUAUGGGCAAAAACUUGUUAAAGGACAUGAAUUUCCUCGACGCUAUUAUAGAUGUACUCAUCCUAACUGUAUGGUGAAAAAGAUAUUUGAAUGUGCACCAGAGGGGCAAAUGACAGAAAUUGUCUAUAAGGGUUCACAUGAUCACCCUAUGCCCCAACCAAAAUGUCAAUUCAUUCCUGGGACUCCUGUUUCCAUCCAAGAAGAGAAAUCUGAUAAAGAUCUGGCUUCAACUGGUCAAGAAAAUAAGCCAAAUAUCAAUUUCCGGGCUGGUAGUGCGACGUGUAAUGUUCCAGUCCCAUCUUCUCAACGAGAAACCGAUGACGGAUUGGAUGGUACAAUGCCACGAAAGCGCUUUAUUAAUGGUGAAGUUGAUGAAGAUGAUCCAUUUUCAAAGAGUGCAAGUGACAGGUCAUCAGAUGAUGGUUAUAAUUGGCGAAAAUAUGGGCAAAAACUUGUUAAAGGACAUGAAUUUCCUCGUAGGUAUUAUAGAUGCACAUAUCCUAACUGUAUGGUGAAAAAGAUGUUUGAAAGUGCACCAGGAGGACAAAUAAUAGAAACUGUCUAUAAGGGUUCACAUGAUCACCCUAAGCCCCAAGUAAAAGGUCAAUUUGCUAGUGGUACUCCUGUUUUCGUCCGACAAGAGAAAUCUGAUAAAGAUCUAGCUUCAAAUGUUCAAGAAAACAAGCCAAAUAUCAAUUGCCAGCCUGGUUGUGCCGAGCCAAGUAAUGCUCCAGAUCCAUCUCCUCAACAAGAAAGUGAAGAUGGAUUGUAUGGUACAAUGUUACAAAAGCAUUGUGUCAAUGGCGAUGUUGAUGAAGAUGAUUCAUUUUCAAAAAGGAGGAAACUAGAUGCCACAUUAGAAGUUACACCUUUGGUUAAGCAUAUCUGCAAACCGGUGGUUGCUAAGACAUUGAGUGGAGUUGACAUACUGGAUGAUGGAUAUUGUUGGCGCAAAUAUGGCCAGAAACUACUUCAAGGCAAUCCGAAUCCAAGGUACAUAAUAAUUCACAUAAAGUUCGAUUUACUGUUUGUGAUCUUAACACCUCGGGAUUGUUUAUGACAUCAACUUGGUUUAUUGUGAUGACUCUCAGUUUCCUUAUCUAAGUUGAACAACAAAAUUCUUCUUGUAGAAGUCAUAUCUAAAUGCAUCUUUAAAUUUCUCCAUGUGGCACUUUUUACCAUGUAAAUGUGCUUAGGAGUUACUACAAGUGCACACAAGCCGAAUGUCCAGUUAGGAAACAUGUGGAAAGAGCAUCUCAUGAUCCAAAAACCGUUAUUACCACAUUUGAAGGAACACAUAAUCAUGACGUGCCAAUGGCAAGUACAGGUAGCCAUGAAACGGUGGGAUCAACAACAAUGAUGAGUGGAAUGUCACGAGUGAGACCAGAAGAGAAUGGCCCAAUAAGCCUUGACCUCAGGGUAGGUAGGAGCUCUAGUUCUACGCACCAUGGGUCCGAGGGUGAACUGCAGAUGCUGAAUCCUUACCAUGUUCAAUGCCAUAUCCCUCAUAAUGCUUCCACUCGAGCAGGAGUUCAUACGGCACCAUUACCCGCAAGUUACAGUGUUGGUAAGCAAUCAGGCCCCAUGACUCAUGGGAUUCAUGAGAAAUUCAUUUCAGCUCAGCAGGAGAGGGAUGCCAACAGUAAGCAGCCUGCUCCGGAAACAUUUACUGGAAGAAAUUUAAUUGUGGAUGUUGUGGAUUAUGAGGGGUAUGCUAACAUCCCCAUUGAGGUUAUUUGCGAGAAGAAUAUCGGGUCCAAUUGUAGAUGGUUAGAGUUUUCUUAGCUAACAAGACUUUGGUCUCCAGCUUUCUGAUGAACUGGAGGUUGGAUUUUUGAGUACACCUUACAUGAUAGAAUCGCUUCUUCAAAAACAAAACUAAGAGCUCGCUAGGUAGCUUGCACCAUUAAUCAGUUGUGUGGAUGAUUAGUACUUCCUCCGUCCCGAAAUUAUUGUCCAGUUUAGAUUUUCAUUUUCAGUACAAAUUGUACUAAAAAUAAAAUGUCAAAAUGGACAAUAAUUUUGAGACAGAGAAAGUAUUAUUAGUUCACUUUCUUGACACCACAGAGAAUAUGCAUAGGCUAGAAUUUUACUAUUUGCACUGAAGUUGUUUAUGCCGUAUACGAAUUCAGUUUACAUUGAAAACAAUUAUUGUGUCAAUUUUUCUAACCAUUUUCUUUUCUUUCUUUCUUUUUUUUCCUGGUGAAUUGCAUUUGUCAACUUUCCGAUCAAAUAAAUUCUGGAUGUAGGAUGUAG